CCGGAAUUAAUUGACUUCGCUACGGUAAAACACAACUCAAACACUUCCAAUCGUUUAUAAGCUUUCUUUGCCCAGCAAAUUUUUGAAAAAAACUAUAUAAAUACUACAAAUAAAAAAAAAUUGUGCCUUGCUUGCUUCCAAAGAAAAAAUAUUUUGUUGUUGCUGUACUUCGGCCGCCAUUUUGAAUUUUUAUUAAAGAAAAUCGUCGAUAAAACUAUCAAGACGUAAUUAAAUCAGACUAGAAACGCUUAAAAAGUCAUCUAUAAAGUAAAAUACAAUAGCUAACAGUACCAAAGUUUCAAUAAUUUCGGUAAAUUCGUAUCUACGCCGAUGACCCGAAAAUGGGUUUUUGCCUCGCCUCUUUUUCUCAAUACCGACGAUUUUCGCCGUAUAUGAAAGAAAUGUGCAUUAAAAUCGCGUCGCAAUAACGAAUUUUUUUAUUAAUCAUUGAAUUUCAAGAUAAGAACAAAAAAUGGCUAACAAAAUAGAAAGAAAAUGCUGAAGAAAUCAAGACACAAUAUCGUUUAGAAAAAUAAUUUUUUAAAAAAAAGCCUGUUUCAAGCCUGUAAAAUACAUUAUUUUAGCAUUUCACUAUAAUUAUUUUUUAUAAUAUACAAAAAUCAACAAUUAACUUCAAAAAAUCCUUCAAAAACUUUAUUUAAUACCUGCAAAUUACCUUCCGACUUUUCACAUGGCUGUUUUUAUUAAGAAUCUUUUUUUGAUGAAUGGAUUUCAUGAAUCUAAGAAAUUUUCACAUUUUUCUAUAAAUGUGUGUGUGACUGAUGCCAUCAUGAUGGUUUUGAAUGUAUUAGUGUGUAAACAUAAGACUGAAGAAAAAAAAAUUAUAUCGACCGAAUGAGAAUGCGUGAGAGAAUCAAGUGAAAAAAAUAGAUUUUUUUUUGUCAGAGAGUCAGGUUGAGAAUAUUUACAUUUCUGCAUGCUUUAUUUUAAAUAUUGUGAUCGUCUACGAGUUAUUCACACCUUGCAAAUUAAACUAUCUUCUAUAUAAAAUUAUUUUCAUACUGUUCUAAAUGUUGGUUUGGAUAGUUUGAGAGAUUUUUGGGGGUUAUUUUUGAGGAUAUUUGUAGAUGCUAGAAUAAUUUUGAGGUUAUUUUUUUCAAAUAACGUUUAUUUGCUAGUUUGUUUAAUUCUUUAAAGCUAGUUUAGUCAUAAUUAUUAUUGGUUUGAUCAGAAUUUAAAUACCUGCUUCCUUUUUCAUCCUGUAAAGAUCUUAAAUUUGUUGUUUAAAAAUUAUUAAAUUCUUAAAUAAUUUUCUUCAAUUUUUCUCGUUUUUUUAAAUUUCAAAACAUUCAAAUAUCUUCAAAAAUAUUAAAAAUGUCCUCUAAAAUAUUUAAAACAAUUUAAAACAUUGAAAUUAAAUUCUAAAAUAUUAAGAUUUAAUUCUAAAAUAUUAAGAUUUAAUUCUAAAACAUUAAGAUUCAAUUCUAAAACAUUCUAAAUUAAAAAAAAAUUAAAAUAUCCUCAAAAUAUCCUCACAAAACAUCCCGAAAACAUUCAAAAUCAACAAACCUUUAACAACAUAUUUUCUUAUAAUUUCCAUUUUAUGUCAACAAGAAUUUUAGUUUGGCUUUUAUUUUAAUUUUUAUGAUUUUUUGUCUUAUUACUUAUCUUAUUAUUAUUAUUUGUUGGAUGCCUAGAAGUACUUUUUAUAUAUUAUCAUAUAUACAAUAAUAACAAAAAAAAAUCACCGACCGACGACUGUGAACUGAAAAUGAAUGAUAAUCUUUGAAAAAUAAUAAAGUAAUUAAAAAUGCACUAGUAAAUACCAAAAAAGAGCCUUCACUUCAGUCACAUUCAUCGAUUGAUAAUUUAAAAUAAUUUUGUUGUUUUUUAAUUAACUACGAAAGUUUCAACAUAAUUUAUUAUUCUCAAAAAAAACCGUAAAACAUAAAACAAUGAACAUAAAUCGUCCUAAUCUCUACCAUACAAAAAAAUUUCGCUUUCUACAAAUUCACAGUCCAAAAACGACGUAACUCCGCAUCGAUCUUCGGAAGCUUUCUACACGACGACAGGCACUUAAUAAAAAUAUAUAUCAACUAUCAAAAAAAAAUUAUAUAAAUAAUCAUAAAUCAGCAACAACAUGUCUAGUGAACGUGGCACAAGAGUUUAUGUCGGCAACUUGACAGACAAAGUUAAGAAAGAACAAUUGGAAGAAGAAUUCACAAGAUUUGGAAAAUUGAAUAGUGUUUGGCUCGCACAUAAUCCACCAGGAUUUGCAUUCAUUGAAUUUGCAAAUAAAGAUGAAGCUAUAUCUGCAUGUGACUCCUUGAAUGGGCAAGAAUUAUUGGGAUCGAAAUUGCGCGUUGAAAUCUCAAAGGGUAAGGGUCGCAGUAAUUCACGUGGUGGUAGAGGAGGUGGAAGAUUUAAUGAUCGACGGGGAGGAGGUGGAUUCCGUCGGGAUGGGGAUCGUUUUAGUGAUCGAUCAGGUGGUUUCCGAGGACGUGGUAGAGGAUUCCGUUCGGGAGGUAGUGGUGAUCGAUAUGGUGGGUCAUCAGGAGGUGGUGGGGGUGGUCCACGAAGUGGUGGAGGUGGAUAUGAUCGUGGAAAUCGUGACAGUUUCAGUUCAGGAGGUGGUGGAAGUGGAGGUGGAGGUGGAUAUCGUUCAUCGGGUGGUGGUGGAUCAUCAAAUCGAUUCCGCUCGCGAAGCCCUCAAGGUGCACGCAGAUUUUAAGCUUAAGGAAUGAACCUUAGAUUGAUAAGAUUUUAAUGCAUUAAUUUUUUUUCUCUCCACAAAAAAAAAAUGAAAAAACAAUGAAAAAAAUUCAAAGAUUAAGAAAAUAUUAUAAAGAAAUUACUUCCCAAAAAAACAAAAUAAUGAAUGAUUUAUAAUAAAGAAUAAAAAAAAGCAUAAAUGUACAUCAAUUCACGAUAGAAAAUUAUGCUACACAAUUUAAUAAAAUACAAGAAAAACCAAGUUAUAUUUUAUGAAAAACUACUCUCACCCCCUCAGAAAAAAUUGUGAAUUAAUUUUAAACAAAACAAAAAAAAAAUCACGCAAAUCGAGAUUGUAUUAACGAAAUCAAUAAAGAUGAGAUAUAAUUAUGUCUUCGCUGCAUUAAUUUAGUAAAUACCUAUAUAGUGAGAAAAAUCUAUAUCUUCGAUGAAAAGAAAGAA